AUGGGCGGCGGCGGCGGCGGCGGCGGCGGCGGCGACGACGCGCGCCCCGCGCCGUUGCUCGGGUCCGACGCCUCGGUGACCAUCGACGCGGGCGGCGCGUACGGCACGGGCGCGGACGCGCUCGAGUCCUACUUCGGCGGCGGAUCGGCGGCGGCCGCGGCGUCCACCGCGGUCGGCGACGGCGGCGCGGGUGGAGACGCCUCUCUCGGAGCGCGCGCUCGCCGCCGCCGCCGCGCGUCGUCGUCGUCGUCGUCGUCGUCGCGAUGGUGGUGGUCGUCCGCGGCGUCGUCGUUCGAUCCGCGCCGAGCGGCGACGCAUCCCGCGCUCCUCGGCGCGACGAUCCUUUUCGUCGCCGGCGCGAUCGUCGGGACCGUCGCGUCGCCGGCGAUCUCGUCGUUGGGGGUCGCGAAGCUCGGCGGCGGCGUCGCGCCGCUCGCGACGACGACGACGCGCGCGACGCCGACGCCGGCGACGAUCCGUCGUGGUUCGAAAUUGACGCCCGGCGACAACAUUCAUCAUCGAAAGAAAAAGGACGACGACGACGACGACGACGAUUCAUCAUCAGACUCGGACGACGCGUUGAAGAAGGCUAAGGACGACGCGUUCAAGGCCAACGUCGUGGACAUGCUCCAGAACAUGGCGCACGGCGCCGGCGCCGGCGGCGGCGACCGCGGCGCGGCGUUCGAGGACGUCCGAACGUUGCUCCGCGCGCCGGAGCCCAACGUCUCGAGCGUCGUCCGCGAUCUCGACGCGCUCCCCACCGCGGAGGAUCCCCUCGACGCGGACCGACCGCAGCGCCCGGGCCGUACCGCGCCGGACCUGAAGAUGGGCUACCUUCAGCGCCCGUCCAUGCGCGGCGCGCUCCUGACGUUUAUCUCCGAGCGCAACGUCUGGGUCGUCAGCGCGAAGGGCGGGAACGCCGUCCGCGUGUCGUCGUCGGACGCGCACGACAACUCGCCAAAGGCGCGUCCAUGUUUACACUGGUCCCCAUACGGCCGCGUUGGCGUGCUCUCCGACGACGGCGGGACCAUCGCGUACGUCGCGGCGUCGAGCGACGGCCACGAGGUGUUCACCGUGCCCACCGCGGGCGGGACGCUGACUCGGGUGACGUACGGCACCGGCGCGGUCAAGCUCGAGGGGUGGACGCGCGACGGGAACGGGCUGAUCGUCGUCGUCGCCGACGCGGCGUCGCCGAACGGGGAGCCGACGCUCGCGACGAUCGCCGUUCGCGGCGGCGGCGGCGGCGGCGCGCUCGGCGACGUCAGGCCGCUGCCGUUCGCGCGCGCGCACGGCGGGACGGAGGACCAGAUGGGGUGUUACGUCUUCUACGAGAUGAAGCAAUCGAGCGCGACGAAGCGCUACGAAGGCGGCGAGCAGUCGCGCUUGUGGCGGUGGUGCGACGGCGACGAAGAGGCGAAGUGCCUGUGGCCGGAGACGUUCAGGCGCGUUCUAUACACUGGUUCCCAUACGACCCUGUCGGCGUGGUGGACGCCGUUUCUUAAGGACUUUACUUCCCGGCGUCUCUCUCCGCCCAGGGUCCCUCGCUUUCAAUCCCGACACACCUCGACGCCUUUCAACUCCGCUUCUGACGCCUUUCAACUCCACCCCGACUUCGCUUCGUGUGGACCCUCGACCCUCAGCAAGCGCGGGUCGUGGUCGCCGAAGACCUCGAAGGCGUUCCCCGACCGCGUGUUCUUCCUCAGCGACCACAACGGCGUCGCGAACGUGUGGGUCAUGGGUUUGGACGGGGCGUACCCGACGCAGCUGACGCGCGAGUGCGGCAUGGACGUGAUGGAGUUUGACAUCGACGGCGACGACGUCGUGUAUCGCGUAGGCGCGGGGUUAAAAAAAUUCUCCGUCGUCGCCGGCGGCGACGCCGUCGGCGGCGGGCCGGUCAUGAAGAUCGCGAGAGGCCAGAAAGCGCUGCUCGGGACGCCCGUGCAAAUCUCGCUCGUGUCCGAGUUCAAGCACGCGUCCGUGAGAAACCUCCCGGAUCCGAUGCUCGACUUGCAAGAGGCGGCGCUUUCGUUCACGGGGGAACACGCCGCGCUCGUGAUCCGCGGGCAGAUUUUCUACGCGCCGCUACACCCGGAGCUCGGGACGCGCGUCGAAAAGGUCACGUCCAACGACGGCGCGGUGCGAUACAAGCACGCGCAGUUCGUGCGGAACACGGACGCGCGGGAUAACGUGCGCAUCAUCGCGAUGUCGGACGCGUCGGGCGAGUACGAGUACGUCUUGCUCGAACGCGGCGGCGGCGGCGGCGGCGGCGGAGGGGGCUCGUCGGCGUCGACGCUCGGCGGGCCGUGGAGCGAGACGCAGAUCACGGUGGGGGGGACGAUCAGAGGCGUGAUGUCGCACAGCGACGUCUCCCCGGACUUGUCGACGCUCGUGUACGACGACACGAGCGGGGCGAUCACGGCGCUGAAUUUGAACGCGACGGCGGCGAACUCGUACGAUUUUAAAACGCGCGACGCGCCGGUCGACGACGAUUCCGCGUACGAGGACGGCGACGGCGCGGCGAACGCGACGGCGGCGGGCGGCGGGAUGCUGGGCCCCGGGAUGAUGCCCAUCGUGAUCGCCGCGCCCGGCGCGGGCGGCGGCGGCGGCGCGGCGUCGCCGUUUACGGCGGGACGGGGGCCCGGGGGGGCGCGUCGCGGCCGCCGCCGCCGCGCGGGCGGUUUCCCCUCCUCCUCCUCCUCCUCCUCCUCUAGGGCGGUUUCAUCUCUAGGGUUUCGACGCGAUCACGAGCUGACGCGGCAUCUGUCCUCCGGCGGCGGCGGCGCGAGCGCGAGCGCGACGCGCCCGCGCCCGCGCGCGAGGGACAUGCACCACGGCAGGCUCGGCCGCGCCCCGCCGUCCGGCGGGUUCGACGCGCUCUUCACCUCUUCCCGCGCGGGGUUAGGCGCCGACUCGGACCAACCCGCGCCGCCGCCGCCUCCCGGCGACGGCACCGGUAUCGCGCGCCCGCGGAACGUGAUGAGCGGUCUCCGCCCGCGCGCCGCGGGCGAGUACGCGUGGUCCCCGGACAGCGCGUGGCUCGCGUUCGUCGCGUCGGACGACACGGAAUUUUCCUCCGUCUACGUUUGGAACGUCGCGGAGAAUAACGUCACGCGGGUGACUGAAAACUCGUACAACGCCGCAGAGCCGACGUUCACGCCGGACGGCCUGUUCCUCUACUACCUCAGCGACGCCGCGAUCGAGUCCGGGUCCGCGUCGCCGUACGGCGCGCGCGGCUCGGAGCCGAACGUUCAGAACGAGCAACGACUGAUGUGUCUGCCGUUGCGCGCCGGGUUCGCGUGCCCGUUUCACGGCGGCGACGAGCUGAACCCUCACGGCGGCGUCGCGUUCGACCCCUCCAUCGGCGCGCGGUUCAAGACGAAGAUUCACUUCCCCGGGAUCGAGAAGCGCGCGGUCGCGGCGCCGUUCGUCCCGAAGCGCGCGUACGCCGGACUGAAAGUUUUGGGCGACGGGCGGACGUUCAUCGCGGAGACCAAGGCGCGUUCUAUACACUGGUCCCCAUACGACCGCGUCGGUGUGGUGAACGCCGAUGACGUCGGCUGGUAUUUGGUCGUCGUCGACAUCGUCGCGGGCACGUUCGCGCCGUUCUUCCCGGACCCGAUCGCGACGAUCGUGUCCGGCGACGGCGAGGUGGUCGUCCUCGCGACGGACAAAGGGCUCGCGUUGUUUUCCGCGCGCGCGAUCGCGAUGGCGGGGCGAGGCGUGCCGCAGGAGCAGCUUUUGCAUUCGGCGCAACUCUGGAACCCCCCGCCCGCGUUCACGGUGUCCGUGAACCCUCGAAAGGAGUGGAUGCAGAUGUACGACGAGGCGAUGCGGAACAUGCGAGACGCGUUUUACGACCCGAACAUGCACGGCGUGGACUGGGCGGCGACGACGGAGACGUAUCGACCGUUGGUGUACAAGAUGACGCACAAGAGCGACUUGCGCGACGUCUUGACGCAAGCGUUCGGGGAGCUCUCCGUGCUCCACGUCUUCAUCUCCAUCCGCGACGACGACGAAUUUCUCGACCGCCGCCCCGGCGGAUCGCGGGGAUACGGAUCCGCGGGGGCCGGCGCGAACGCGGGACGCCCGUCCGCGUGCCUCGGCGGCGUGCUCGUCCCCAACGUCGAACGCGGCGGGAUGGAGAUCUCGCGUGCGUUCGACGGCUCCGGCGUGUUGAACGCGCUCGAGUCGCCGCUCGUCGCCGUCGGCGUGGACCUCCGACCGGGCGACGUCAUCACCGCGGUGGACGGCGCGCGGCUGAACGCGAGCCUCCCGCGCGUCCCGAUCGCAGUCGCGCUCGACCGAGCGAUGAUCGGGAAGGCGGGCGCGCAGGUGUUGUUGGAGAUCGACGCGGCGGCGCGCGACGACGACGACGACGACGACGACGACAUCUACGCCGCGAUGGCGGGCGGCGGCGGCGGGCUCAUGGACGGCGGGCUGAUGAACAUGUUCGGCGGCGGCGGCGGCGCGGGAGGCGGCGGCGGCGGCGCGGGGGGGAUGCCGAUCGUGAUCAUGCCGGGAGGAGGAGGAGGCGGCGGAGGCGGCGGCGGGGAUCCGGGGCAUCCGAGCGGGUUGCCGACGGCGUCGCAGCGCUCGCGCGCGCGGCGGACGCGCGAGAUGUUCGCGGACGCCGCCGCGGCUCUGGGCGGGGACUCCCCCCGCCGCCGCAAAAAGAACCACUCUAAACUCCGCGGCGGCGCCGUCGGCGCCGUCGUCGCGACGCCCUUCGACCACCAGAACUGCAGCGACCUACGCGCCGCCGACGCGGUUCGCGCGCGGAGAGCCUACGUCAAAUCGCGCGCCGACGACGACGUCGCGUACGUCUACCUAGGCGACAUGGAACAAGACGGCGAGGGCGGCAGCGCGUCUUUCGACGACUUCGCCUCGCAGUUUUACCCCGCGGUGCGCGCGCGAGGGAUGAUCAUCGACGUCCGACGCAACGCGGGGGGAAACAUCGACACGUGGAUCCUCGAGAGACUCUUGCGCGCCGCGUGGCUCUUCAACGCCGAGCGUUCGGGCCCGCCGGACGUCACGAUGCAGUACGCGUUCAGCGGCGAGGUCGUCGUGCUCGUCGACGAGCGCACGUCUUCCGACGCCGAGAUCUUCGCGCUCGCCGCGCGGCGGCUCGGCGUCGGGACCGUGAUCGGGCAGCGGACGUGGGGCGGCGCGGUUGGAUACAGCGGCGACGCGGAGCUCGCGCUCGUCGACGGAUCAGGUGCGUUCUGA